UUUUCCGGUUUCUACCUGGGACUGAGUAGACGAGAAAGAACCAGAUAACGAUGGUGAAUGGAAGACAGCGUUGGAAAAUUAGUAUCAGUCCACGGAACGUGGUGGCGUCAGGGCCAAUCGUCGAUGCAUUAAAUAGGUCUUUGUACGAUUAGUAUUUCUUUUAUUCUGGUGUUUCCACUUGAGAGUGGAAAACAUUUUUAUGAGAGAAAAUUCUAAGAAGUUUGAGGGUGAUGUGUAUGCUCUGUUUUCUUGGAUGGAUACAGAGGGCCAUUGUUGAUGAGAGACAUCAGGUCUAGGGUGUUGUAUCCCUUUAGUCUUUUAGUCAACUCCUUUAAGGAAAGGAAGCAGAGCGGUUGUGCCUUUCCAGCAUAUAAAACAAAAGAAUAAAACGGGAUUCACACGACGACCGGCCCAGGAGUUCCUGAAAUAGAGCAACUUUUGUAAAUUUCGUUUUUCCGCAGUAUCUCAAAAACUACUGGAAUGAUUUCAAUUUUCGUUUCAAAAUACCCAGCUAUGGAAAGAUGUAUAUAUAUAUCCGUUGGUACAAAAAUUGAAAGAUAUUGCGUCAUUAGAAAAAAUCAAGUUCAAAGACUUUACCUCGGACAUGAGGAGAUUUGGAGGAGAAUCCUUGGACAUUAUCGAUGGAAAAAUUUUAAAAAAUGUUCCUAAUAAUACAGCGAAAACAAAAGCCACAAUCUGGAAACAAUUUUCUGCAUUUUGUGCAGACAGAAAAUAUACGCUUGAAGCCACAACUACGAGUAAAAAUCAUACCAUACCAUACGACGAGAAAUGCCACACAUUUAAUUGUUUGAAAUUGGAAUGAAAAAAAUAAUCCAGCCGAAUAGUCCUCGACCUUCAAAAUUAAUCGGAUAUUUCCCUCCAGUUUCCCUGCGUAGCAUCGAUCGGGAUAAGUUUCGCAGAAAAACCCUCGGGCUCGGGAUAUUUAACCUGCAAAAGUUAUCCCUCUCGUUGCUAUGCAACGAACCUUUCGGGAGAUAUCCGAUAAUUUUGAAGGUCUUGAAUUGCUAGAAAUGAAGAAAAAAAAAUAAUAACGUGUAAAGUAUCGGUCAGCUCACUUCUGUCAACUAGCGUAGGCCGCCUGUUCGUUUAUUAUUUUAUUUUCGAGCUCUUCAGCAUUACGAACGUUUCAACAAGUGCAGAGCGAGUUAUGUCAGGUGCUCUGCUCCUAUAAUACAUGAAAAAAUAGGUUUUCAAAAUUUCGAUUUUUUUCGGGGGACCCCAUUGUUCCCCGGGCCCCUUUCAUUGUUGCCAACUUUGAAAUUCCAAAGUCGAAUAAAUCUUAGAGAAAUCGGAACGCAGCUCGAGCUGGACGAAAACCUGAUACUUUCACCUUCUCAGUCUCCUCACAUUCAAUGCGUGGACAAGGAGCCAUUCCAGGUGCUUAACAAUACCGCUAUCUUGACUCUCUGUCACGACCAAGUUAGUCUUCCUAAACAUCAAUAUCGGGCAGUUGUUCCUCGUUAUUAGCAAUUUUAAAGGAUCUCGAAACAAUGUUUACAAUUUGUUUUAUUGAAACAACGUAAUUAUGAUCAUAAAUGAAAAAACCAGACCCAAAGGUCACGUCAAAAUGUGGAGAACACGAAUUUCAUAUGUUUUCAUCUGUGUUGUAAUCCUUUCAGACAGUGGUUGUACUCAAGAAGAAGAUGAAGAAUACAACGGCAAGUACAUAGGCAAAUUAAAUGCAUAUCAUCAUCAAAUUGCUGGUGAUGUUUACGCAGUGGACGAGUACACAUUAUUGUUGACGGCCUUCAGUUACGAUGGUACCGGCGCAGAUACAUUCUUUUGGGCUGGUGCAACCAAUCAUCCUGGUCCUCAGGGCUUCAUAGUCCCAGACGAGUAUGGCAAGACCAACGUCCUUGACCGGUAUUUUAAUAAGGAUUUUACACUUACACUACCGGAUAACAAGAAGAUAACGGACAUCAAGUGGUUUGCCAUUUACGAUCUAUCAAAUCAGAAUACAUUUGGAGAUGUCAAUAUUCCUGACGAGUUCGACCCACCGUCGCCUCAAAGAAUCUCCCAACUGUCAAAAAGAUCUCAUGAAGUGACUUCAGAGGCCGUAGUAAUUCUGGACGCGAAAACCAUCAGCAUCCCUGGAUUUUAUUACGAUGGAUUAGGAAAUGAUACAUAUUUCUGGGUUGGUGCAGGCCCUCAACCCUCCACUACCGGAUCCAAAGUACCCGAUGAAUAUGGCUAUUUGGAUCCUCUCAGACACUACAAAGGUGAAGACAUUGUGAUUCAGCUGCCCGGUGAGAUGACAAUACACAACAUCAACUGGUUGAGUGUUUUCGAUGUUGCGACGAAGAGUAAUUAUGGAUCCGUAGUAAUACCAGAAGGACUCAACGUUCCGCCUUCAUUAGUCAAGGUCAUAAAGCACGUAGAGGCUCUCCCAAACUGCGUGCAACUUCACAAGAACUAUCAAGUCAGCUGGGAGAUCUUCGGGCCACAGAUUACGAUACAGUUGAGUGGCCAAAUUAAGGAGGAUGAGUACAUGGCAUUCGGACUUUCCGGAUCUCAGGAGAAGAGUCAAAUGGAGGGAGCAGAUGUCACAGUGGCUUAUAUGGAUGGAGCUCGGGGCUAUGCCGUUGAUUACAAUGUUACAGCGAAGGCACCAUGUGGAAAAACUCUCGGCCAAUAUAAAGGAGUAUGUAGAGAUGAAUUAGUAGGUGGAUUGGAUAGUAAUCAGAUGUAUACAACAGUCAGAGAAAAUGGAGUAACGAUCAUCACGUAUAGGAGGACACUGAUCUCAUCUGACUCGGGAGAUAAGGAAUACCCAACUGAUCGUCCAGUUUACGUGAUAUGGGCACUCGGUCGUUUAGACGAGAACAAAGAGCCGAGUUUUCACGACUACUAUCCCAAAUCCGAUUUUAUGCUUAAACUCAAUCGUCAAGAGCCCGAGAACACCUGCACCGACUUCACAGAGUCAAAUCGAAAGGUGCGAGACCUCUGGGAGAAGUCGGAUAUCUUCGACAGGAACAUCAGAACGUUCAAAGCUACGAUAGGACCUUCAGGAGGGAAGCGAGGCUACCAGGGCAUCACAGGACAAACGUCAAUGGGACUGGCCUGGUACAUCAAUGGUCAGCUCAUUCCUGAGUUAUAUCUUCGAAGAGGGCUGACUUACAGCUUUCGAGUUCACGGUGGGAAUAAUCCUCAUAGUCCGAAUCUGUAUCAUCCUUUGAUAAUUACCGAUGAACCUCAUGGAGGAUACGACAGGCUGACCGACGGGGCGCAGAAUCAGGUCAGAGUCUUAGCCGGUGUCGAGUUCACCAGGCGAGGACGGCCUAGACCCACUGCUGUUGGUCCCCUUUGUCUGAGUAAACAUGGAAAUCAGGAUAGGAGACUUGAUGAUGAUUUCCUGACUUUUAAAAAGUUCAAUAGGACACUUGUUCAUACUUGUGAAGAAGGUGAAGGAGGACUAUUGGAAGUCACACCGAAUUCCAGCUGGCCAGAUACGGUCUGGUAUAAUUCAUUCACCCAUGCCAACAUGGGUUGGAAAAUUCACGUGGUGGACGAAUACAUGAGAGUUACAACAAACAGUGCAUUCACGAUAACUUCGAGUUGUCUAACAGUAGUUGUCGUUGUUUUAUUUUUUCGUACUUUUUAGAAGAAAUAAAUAUAGAAUGGCAAGACUGACGAAAAGACGUAUGCAUUCAAGAUUGUGCGAUAUUAGUCCCUAAUGUUCCAUGACUACUAUGUAAAGGGAUCUGAACUGAGUCAUAAUAAAAAUAAGAUCUUCAUCAA